AUUGCCGGGACACACAGUGCGGGCGCGGCUUCCCGGGUCCCCGGCAGCGGCUUGUACACGCGCGGCGGUAGCAUCUACGCUCGCAGAGCCGCCGAUGCGCGUCCAGUGACCGGGACAGCGAGGCCCUCGCGUGGCGGGGGCGGCGGCAGACGGCUAGCCACCGUGACCCCCAUUUUGGAUUUACCGCUCGGGGGGUGGGGGGAGCCUGGAUUGAACUGGCGACUGUUUUGGGGGACGCCGGACGCCAUGUUGUGGAAAAUAACCGAUAAUGUCAAGUAUGAAGAGGACUGUGAGGAUCGCCACGACGCGAGCAGCAAUGGGAACCCGCGCCUCCCCCACCUCUCCUCCGCCGGGCAGCACCUCUACAGCCCCGCGCCACCCCUUUCCCAUACUGGAGUCGCUGAAUACCAACCACCACCCUACUUCCCACCGCCCUACCAGCAGCUGGCCUACUCGCAGUCGGCCGACCCCUACUCGCAUCUGGGAGAAGCUUACGCCGCUGCCAUCAACCCCCUGCACCAGCCAGCCCCCACCGGCAGCCAGCAGCAGGCCUGGCCGGGUCGCCAGAGCCAGGAGGGGGCUGGCCUGCCCUCGCACCACGGGCGCCCGGCCGGCCUGUUACCCCACCUCUCCGGCCUGGAGGGUGGCGCCAUGAGCGCCCGCAGGGAUGCCUACCGCCGCUCGGACCUGCUGUUGCCCCACGCGCACGCCCUGGACGCCGCGGGCUUAGCUGAGAACCUGGGGCUGCACGAUAUGACGCACCAGAUGGAGGAGGUGCAGAAUGUUGACGAUCAGCACCUGCUUCUGCACGAUCAGACUGUUAUUCGCAAAGGUCCCAUUUCAAUGACCAAGAACCCACUGAGUCUCCCAUGUCAGAAGGAGCUUGUGGGGGCUGUGAUGAAUCCCAGCGAGGUCUUCUGCUCAGUCCCGGGAAGAUUGUCCCUCCUCAGCUCCACGUCUAAAUACAAAGUGACAGUUGCUGAAGUCCAGAGGCGAUUGUCCCCGCCUGAGUGUUUAAAUGCCUCCUUGCUAGGAGGUGUUCUCAGAAGAGCCAAGUCUAAAAAUGGAGGCCGGUCCUUGCGGGAGAAGUUGGACAAGAUCGGGUUGAAUCUGCCAGCUGGGAGACGGAAAGCUGCUCACGUCACUCUCCUGACGUCCUUAGUAGAAGGUGAGGCUGUUCAUUUGGCUCGGGACUUUGCCUAUGUCUGUGAAGCAGAGUUUCCUAGUAAACCCGUGGCGGAGUAUCUCACGAGACCCCAUCUUGGAGGGCGGAAUGAGAUGACUGCUAGGAAGAACAUGUUGCUGGCUGCACAGCAGGUGUGUAAAGAAUUCACAGACCUCCUCAAUCAAGACCGAACUCCCAACGGCAACAACCGGCCCGCCCCGGUCUUGGAGACGAACAUACAGACCUGCCUGUCUCAUUUCAGCCUGAUCACACACGGGUUCGGCAGCCAAGCCAUCUGUGCUGCUGUGUCCGCUCUACAGAACUACAUCAAAGAGGCUCUGAUAGUCCUAGACAAAUCCUACAUGAACCCCGGAGACCAGAGUCCUGCCGAUUCUAGCAAAACCUUGGAGAAAAUGGAGAAGCACAGAAAAUGAAGAAUGGGCGUGAGCCAAGGGCUGAAAAGAGUCUCGAGGGAAAAGGACUUCACAAUCCGUCUCAACCCAGACAGACCGGGAACCCUUCUGGCCGGGGGACACUUUGUGACCCACCUUCCCAUGAAAAAGGCCUCCACUCAUUUUUGGAUCUUGACGUGCCCUCCUGGAUUCCUUAGUGUUCUUUCUCUAGCGCUGAAGUGUGUCUCUAACUCUGGACAAGUUAUCAGAAGGUGACAAGUACUGGUUCUUUGUUCAUUAAGCUCAUUUUAUUCUUUUGAACCCCAUUCUUUUCUCUGAACAUGGUGCUACAAGUUUUAGAACCUUUUAAAUAAAUUCCCUGGGCUCACGAGAAAACCCACACCCACAGCUGUUGAAAUGUCCAAUCGAUGCGAGUCAGAGUGACAGUAACUUGCAGUGUUAAGGUCAUGGCUGGUUUUUUGUGUCCACUCCAUAUUUAUCUAAAAGUAUUUAUCUGGCUUUUUCAGAUACCAAAUCCUACAGACAGUAGGAAGCAAAGAUUCUCUCCGCUUAGCGACUAGUUUAAUAGGUGGUCUUUGACACACUUAAACCCCUUGUUGAAAGGGGGCCUUUGGGUUUUAUGAAACUUGUAGAAAUGAAGCCUGCUGAUGAUUUUGUGUUGUUUUUAU